AAUUUUACAGUUGAAGCCUGUCAUACGGUUAAUAGUUUCGGAAAGAACUCUAUUCCAAAUCAGGCCCCAAAAAUUAUAACAAUUUUUCGGCCCAAAACAAAUCCACCAGACAUCCAAGUCAUAAUUCCAUAAAAUGUCCCUAAAUCGAGGAAGCAAGGUGCUCCUGCGGGCGAUUACGCCCCAAAUUUUGAGGCGUGGCAAAGCGGACUAUAGCAAAACGAUUUGCAACCUGAAGAUCAACAAGCAAACAAAGGUUCUAGUGCAGGGAUUCACCGGCAAGCAGGCCACUUUCCACUCGGAGGAGUCCAUGAAGUACGGAACCAAUAUAGUUGGCGGUGUGAAUCCCAAAAAGGGCGGAACGGAGCAUCUGGGUAAGCCGGUUUUCAAAUCGGUGGCAGAAGCUGCCGAGAAGGUGAAGCCAGAUGCCACGGUGAUCUUUAUACCACCUCCAUCGGCUGCCGAGGGAAUUUGCUCGGCCAUCGAGAGUGAAAUAGGCCUGAUUGUGGCCAUCACCGAGGGUAUUCCCCAGGCGGAUAUGGUGAGGAUAUCGCAGAUGCUUAAUUGCCAGGAAAAAUCCCGCCUGCUGGGACCCAACUGCCCGGGAAUCAUCUCCCCGGAUCAGUGCAAAAUCGGAAUAAUGCCGGGACAUAUUCACAAGCGAGGAGUGGUGGGCAUAGUCUCGCGUUCAGGAACUCUGACCUACGAGUCCGUCCACCAGACCACCAACGUGGGAUUGGGUCAGGCACUUUGCAUUGGCCUCGGCGGAGAUCCCUUCAACGGAACCAGUUUCAUAGACGCCCUCAAAGUACUUCUGUCCGACAAGGAGAUCAAGGGCAUUGUCAUGAUUGGAGAGAUUGGUGGAUCCGCCGAGGAAGAGGCCGCCGAUUUCCUCAAGGAGAAGAACACAGGCUGCGAGGCCAAGCCAGUGGUUGGCUUCAUCGCAGGCCAGACUGCUCCACCGGGUCGCCGAAUGGGUCACGCCGGUGCCAUCAUUUCGGGUGGUAAAGGAGCGGCCAAGGACAAGGUGGCUGCCUUGGAGAAGGCGGGAGUUCGCAUGACCGCCAAUCCCUGCCACCUGGGCUCCUCGCUCCUCGAGGAAAUGAUUCGUCUGAAACUGGUGCCCAAGCUGAGCGAAAAAAAGUCCCAAGCUGGCAAGAAGUAGGAGAGGCGGGAUAACUUUAUAAUCCCAAUUAACUAAUUUUGUGCUCAUUAAAUUGCUAAAAUAUCUCA